AAAAAGUCGGGAUAUAUAGACUCUGACUAGUACUUUAUUUACUCCAGUCUCCAGUUGAUUUACUCUAUGGUCUCUGGGAAAUAUUGAUAAAUGAAAACAUCCACGUGGAAAUGAAAUAAUUGUGUUAACUACAGGAAACCAUUAUUAAUUUACGAAGUUUAGUAUUUUGCUGAAAUGGGUGGGCUUAGACAGAAAAAGUACCAGAGCGGGGAGAGCGCAAGGUACGUGACGAGGAAAACUGCCCUGAAAAUGCUGCAGUUGACUCUGAAGAACUUCAGGACACUGUGCAUUCUUAAAGGCAUCUACCCUAGAGAACCUCGGCACAGGAAGAAGGCCCAGCACGGAGCGACUGGCAUCAAGACUUUGUACUACAAGAAGGACAUUCAGUUCCUUGCGCACGAGCCUCUCAUUUGGAAGCUUAGAGAAUUGAAGAUCUACGCCAGGAAGUGCAGAAAGGCCAGACGGCUGAGGGACUUCUCGACCUUGAAGAGGCAGAUGAGGAAACACCCCGAGUUCAACCUGGACCACAUAGUGAAGGAGAGGUACCCGACCUUCAUCGACGCCAUCCGGGACCUGGACGACUGCCUCACGCUCUGCUUCCUGUUCUCAACGUUCCCGUCGCUGCGCCACGUCCCCCGCCACCAGUCGGAGCUGUGCCGGCGGCUCACAGUGGAGUUCCUGCACUGGGUGAUCGCGGCCAAGGCCCUGCGCAAGGUCUUUGUGUCCAUCAAGGGCUACUACUACCAGGCCGAGAUCAAAGGGCAGCUGGUCACCUGGAUCGUGCCGCACCACUUCUCCUUCGAGCCCCAGGCCAGAGAGGAAGUUGACUUCAAAGUGAUGUCCACUUUUGUUGAGUUCUACACCAUAGUGCUGGGUUUCGUGAAUUUCCGUCUUUACCAUUCGUUGAACCUCAUAUACCCACCAAUGUUUAAAGGAUAUGCAGAAUGUGAAAGGUCGCUUGUGGACCAAAACACGUAUGUAUCAGAACGUAUUGCAGCAUUGACUGUGCCUCUCAUUCACGAACAAAGAGCAGCACAAGCGGAAGAAGUUGAAUUAGAUGAGUUUCCAGAUAGUACCGAUGACCCAGAAAAGCUGGAGAAAACCAAGCUGGAGUUGGAAAGAGUGAAGAACUUGAAGACCUUGUUCGAGGGUUUGAAGUUUUUUGUGAAUCGUGAAGUUCCACGAGAACCUCUGGUAUUCAUCAUACGUUGUUUCGGAGGUGAAGUUUCUUGGGACAAGUUGCAUUUUGUCGGGGCUACUUUUGACGAAAACGAUGACACUAUCACACAUCAGAUUGUGGACAGGCCCAGCAUCCAGAAGGUUGCACAUCCCCGGUUUUACAUCCAACCACAGUGGGUGUUUGACUCUGUGAACGCCCGCCAACUGUUGCCAAUGAACAAGUAUUUCUUGGGUGCUACCUUGCCGCCGCACUUGUCACCGUUUGUGGACGACACAAAAGAUCACUAUGUGCCUCCAGAAGAAAGGGAACUGCAUGAUCCUAAAGCUGCUGAUGCUGCAGAAAAAUCCAGUGAAGAUGAUUUGUCUGAUGAUGAAGAUGAAGUGGAAGAUGGAGUGGAAACCAAGGAAUCUUCUGAUGAAGGCGUCAGUGAGAUAGAAGUAAAUGAGCAAGACCUUGAAGAAGUGACAAUGAAGGAUGAUAGCCAUGAUGAAUUGGAAAAGAAAAGACUGGAUAAGAAAAAGUUGAUGUCAGUUUCUGUUGGGACAAUUACUAAAGAAGAUCCACUAGAAAAGGCUCGUCUUGCAAGGCAAGAGUAUCGACUCCGAGAAAAGAUGAUACCAAGAAAAUACCAUAAACUGUAUAGGAGCAUGAUGAAGGGAAGGAUGGAACGAAGUAAAGAACAAUGGUUGCUCCGUAAGAAACGACGACUGCAUGAUGAAGAGAAGAAAGUGAAUGCAAAGGCAGAAAAAAAACAGAAGUUAAAGGCUGCUGUUGCAAGUGUUUGAAAAAGGCCAUAGUUACUGUUUGCAUUGCAUAUUUGUUUACAGGUUAUUUGUAAAUGUGUUGAUAGUUUAUAUUUACCUCCAAGCUUACUGCAUUUGACAGAAAAGCAUAAGGUAAUGUAUCAGGAAUUGACUUUAUCUCAACAUCUACGUAUUGAAAUUGCAAAAUGGUGGUUUGGUGGUCUGUUUAAGGUCACCAAGAUUGUUUUUUAAGUUGAAAAAUAAAUAAUGAUACAUA